AUGUCCCCCCUGGGCAAAGGCCCCGGGGCAGGAGCGGGCUUGCCCAGGGAAAGAGGCCACUGUGCCUGGGCAGUGAGUACGGAGGGGACGAGAGACGGGCAGCGGGCCGCGCAGGCCGGGCGCCUCCUCGCGCGGACUUCGGCUCCUGCUCUGAGUGAGGUGGGCCCAGAGGGUGCUGAGCAGAGCAGCAGCGUGCUCUCGCUUUCAGCCAGAGGAGCGUCUGGCUGCCGUUGGGAGGUGCAGGUGGGAAGCCAGGGCGCAGGUGGGCGCAGAGGCAGGGAGGAGCAGGCGUCCGUCGGUGCGGGGGUUGUGGGGGUGGCUGGCCUCCUCCUGAACGUCUGUCUGAGCAAAAGCGACUCGGAGGCCACGGGACCUCCGGCUGGGAGUCGGCGCAGGGUGCAGGCUGGAAGCAUAACCGUGGGCAUCAUCACAGCCCAGCCUGCUCGGAAGCAGCCCUCAUCUCAGCAGACCGUCCUGUCUCUCUGGGCUGAGCGACCAGAGAACUCAGUCCUCCAGCCUGGGCUGCCGGGGGGCUGCCGGCCCCCGCUGGCCUGGAAACCAGCCCACUCCCCAGGCCCCUCCCUGGGUGAGGAUGAACGGGCGUCCGUGCCCCCGGACUCCGCUGACCUCCCCUCCGAACCCCACUCACACCCUCCCUUCUUCCCCAGAGCCGAGCCUCCAGCCCGACCCUUAGAUGCUCCUGGGCACUGUCUUUCCGCGAACUUUCCAGGCACCCAGCCCGGCUCUGGAACAACAGCGGCACCUGCGCGCUCACUGAGGCUUUGGGCCGAGGCCACGCGUGGUCCCCCACCCCGAGACCUGCAGCCGGCAGCGGAGCUGGCUCCUGGGCUUGACCACUGGCUGCUCUGUCCGCUGAGAAGGUCGCGGGACGGGGCACCGCGGGCGUUUGGUGCCCUGCAGAGGGGCCCUGCCCUGCCCCCGACAGCCCACCCGGUUUCCGGGGAUCAUCGCUGUGGCCACUUCCUCACCACCUCGGCUCCCUCUGCAUGGGGAGCCGGCCACUCAGGGACCCUGGGGGCUGUCCACAGCCUGUGGGGCCCUCCCCACGCCAAGAGCCAAGCCCACGCCUGUACCUUGACGAGGGCCCUGGAGCCCGAGAAGCGGCGCCCACUGCUCUCCCCCUGGGCCGACGGCGCGCGCGCCCGUGGAGCUGGACGGGAGGGGGCACUGCUGCCGCCACUGCGCUGGCAGGCCCAGGCGGGGCCCCGGGGCGAGGAAGGCAGCGGGCUCUGUGGUUUGCUGUGA